ACCGCUUCCUCUCGGCUGUAUAUACAAACAACAUUAACGAGUCACGUCCGGGUCACGGAUUUUUUGAAGAUUUCUAAAGUAAAAGUCCUCCAUGUAAUAGAAGAAACGUUUUAAUAACCUGUAUUCAUUCAUGAUAUAUGACGCUAAUGUGUGUUAUGUAUUUGACCUUGGAAGUUGCAAAUGCCACUUAAAUAUAAACAGAUAUAAAUCACUGUGAAUGUUUUGACAAUGAUUGUGUAAUAUCAUGAUUAAAUACAGGUUAUUGACACUUUUCUACUAUUAUGGCGAGGCUUUUAUUUAGAAAAAUGUAUAAUAUUCCGUGACCCGGAAAAGCUUUUAUGUCGGUUGCCGUCGAGACAGUGAGCAGUAGUCAUCCCGUUUACAAGAGUAGCAGUAGCUAGUUGUGGAAGAACACUUAGCUAUAUAGUUUGCUCGUAAUUGUAACCAGUAAAACAACAAAAAAUGCUAAGGAAAAAAUCCACUAGCAGAGAAAAGAAAAGGAAAAGUUCACAUACGGAAGAGCAGCAUGUCGACAGAAGACGACGGUGUACAGAGUCUAGUGUGGAGGACUCCAAAGAGGAGCAGGCGGAUCUGGAGCUGAUUGAGCCUGGCAGCGAUGUCGAGGAGGGAGGACUGGACCUGAGUGUGCCAUUUAAACCCAUCAGUGCCUAUGUCGCAGACAGACAUGAGAUGCUCGAUCAGUGCUUUCACGUGCUGGGAGAGAAUAAGCUGCAGAAGAUGCUGCCUGAUGAACUCAAGAGCUGUAAUCUGGAUGAAAUCAAGACAUUGUGCAGGGAACAGCUGGAGCAGCUGUCUCAAAGCCACCUCCUUCAGAUACUGGAGGGUGAAGAGCUGACUGGUUCAUCUGAAGGGGAUAUGGAAAAUGGCGCCACCGAUAGCCAGCAGGAUAAUAAUGUGGACUCUACGUCGUCCCUCAAAGAGAGUGUUGAAGUGGAGAUCAAACAAGAAGGUGGUGGCUCGGAGGAGAGCGACGUCCUUAGCAUCAACGCCGACACCUACGACAGUGACAUCGAGGGACACAAAGACGAGUCGUCGGAAAAAACUGAGGAAGCCGCCAGGACACCGGAAGUAGUUGCUGGAGAAACAUCUAACCCCGGCCCCUCCGCGACCCCUGCCCCUGCCGACGGGAAACCUUUUGCAGACAAACCCCCCGAACCGAAGAAAGAACUCCAGAAGGACAUAGACAAAAGCGUUAGCGAGAUCCUAGCUUUAGCAUCGACGCCUGACCAGGAAGACGCAAAAAAAACGAUGGCGCCACCACUAGCCGCUGCUCCAGAGGCCCCCUUGUUGGUUACGAGGCUACCCGCUCAGAGUGCACCUGUCCCUGGCCUAACUCCAGCGCCAAGCCAGCCCUCAGCCCAGCAGCUGGAGCUCCUGGAGUUAGAGAUGAGAGCUAGGGCCAUUAAGGCCCUAAUGAAAGCCAACGAUGUGAAGAAACAGACGUAAACAAGGCAGGCUAAGGCUCUCAAAGACUUGUCGUUUUUAGAUGUUUCUAAAAUCAUUUCAUUCUCAGAAAAGGGAGUCACUUGUUGUUCUUUUGAAUGUUAAGGAUUGUAAUCGAGUAAAGUUUUUUUUUUCCUUCUACUUAA